CGUAGUAUAAAAUUAAUAAAAACUAGAGCCAGUCUGAUAAGUUGAGUACAGUACACAGCACUAGGAGAUCGGAAUUGGACAGACCAGAGAGACAGACGUAAGUGGUGGUUUAAACCAGAGUGGUGAUCCUACCACUGGCACUGGUGAAUGAUAUGGUAUCAUCACAUCGGUGAUAUCGAGGUGAAAGGAGCCGUGAUAACAUCGCCCCCCGCCCCCCACCCGUGACCCUGGGAUCGCCUACUUAUACUGGAGAUGUUCACGGGAUGCGCAGACCACCGUCUCACCAUGAACGCAUUCUGUGUAGGUGUGGUGUUGUUGGUGGCGGUUGCCGAAGUCCACUGUGGCUACAUAAGUAAAGGAUGGAGUAGCGGUGGAGGAGGAUGGAGCGGUGGUGGAGGCGGCGGUUGGAAGAGUGGCGGUGGUGGAGGAUACGGCGGAGGUGGAGGAUACGGGGGAGGCGGAGGAUGGAAAAGUGGCGGCGGCGGCGGAGGAUUCGGCGGCGGACAGCCGACGAUUGUUAAAAUAAUCUACCUGAGUGGUGGAGGCGGCGGCGGCGGCGGUGGCCACGGAGGCGGUGGAUACGGUGGCGGCGGAGGAUGGAAGAGUGGAGGAGGUGGAGGAUAUGGAGGAGGUGGUGGCUGGAAGAGCGGAGGCGGCGGCGGAGGAUGGAGAGGCGUCGGUGGAGGCGGAUAUGGCGGUGGAAGCGGCUGGAAGAGUAGUGGAGGAUGGAGCUCUGGCGGCGGCGGUGGAUGGAGUGGUGGAGGUGGCGGCGGAUGGAACGGUGGUGGAAGUGGAUGGUCUUCUGGAGGAGGUGGAGGUGGCUGGUGGGACUAGAACCUUCUUCACCGUCUAAGCCUAACAGUAUGUUACGUAAAGCCUGAGGCACAAGCAGACGCGGCCCAAGGCACAGCACGAGUCACACAACCCAGCAACAAAGUUACCAUCACUAAAUAAUGCGCAUAUCAAAUAUACACAAACCUAACUGUACAGUGUAAAUUAAAUGUAAAGUUUUGUAAUAUUUUUAAGGA